AUGUCAUUUCUGACCCCGCCCAACUCCGUGGCAGGACUGAAUAAGGGCUCUGGGGCGCAGAACUUUGUCCUGGACACUCCUGGCUCGCAGCUGAUGCCUAUGGAAGGGCCCGACAUGUCGUUGAAAAAAAAGAAUAACAUCUGCAAGUCGUUCGAAGACGACGUGUUUUUCUGUCCGAGAGGCCUGUUGUCGACGCAAGAGCAGUCGACGUGUCAGCAGAUGGACCUGUUUUUGCUAGACCAGAUGCGCGAAAUCGGCAAUGCCCGAAUUCAGGGGCCCAAGCACCUCGAGAACAUGAACAUGAACAUGAGCAUGAACAUGAACAUGCAGAUGCAGCCACAGCUCAAAAAGUUCAAUCCCUACACGUCACAGAGUUUCAGCCCUGCACCACCUCCUUUCGAGCACCAAACACAUAUACAGGACUCCAACAAUCUUUGA